AUGUCCAACGAGCAGACUUUCAUCGCUAUCAAGCCCGAUGGUGUCCAGCGCGGCCUGAUUGGACCCAUCAUCUCCCGCUUUGAGCAGCGUGGCUUCAAGCUCGUUGCCAUGAAGCUGGUGUCUCCCUCCCGGGAGCUCCUCGAGAAGCACUACUCCGAGCUCGCCGACAAGCCCUUCUUCCCUGGCCUCCUUUCCUACAUGCUGAGUGGCCCUAUCGUCGCCAUGGUCUGGGAGGGCCGUGACGUUGUCAAGACUGGCCGCGCCAUCCUCGGUGCCACCAACCCUCUUGCUUCUGCCCCUGGCACCAUCCGUGGUGACUACGCCAUUGAUGUCGGCCGUAACGUCUGCCACGGCUCUGACAGCGUCGAGAACGCUAAGAAGGAGAUUGCUCUCUGGUUCAACGAGAACGAGAUCCAGCAGUACAAGCACAGCCAGUUCGACUGGAUCUACGAGAAGCCAUAA